AUGUUCUGCGAGUGCGGCACGGGCAGUUUCAAGCACGUCGACGAGGAUCCGGACGAUCUCGGUUGCACUGGCGGAUCGCCCAAGGAGAAGGACAAGGAGAGGAGGAAGCACGGCGGCAAGGUCAACCCCUACGCGGAGCGCGGGCUGGACAGGUUCUCCGUCGUGCUCUCCGAGCUCGAGACCCGGCGGGCCAAGAUCCUGCGCCGCGUCGGCUCCGACACCGGCCUCGUCUUGGUCCGCUUCGUCCAGUCCUCCAACGGCGACUGGACGCCCGUCGUCGUCAAGCUCCCCGAGGAGCCGCCGCCGUACAAGAAGGCCGCCACCACCAAGAAACCGACGAGGGCGGCGGCAGCGUCGACCGCCGCGCCUUUGUUGCGACCACCGGCUGCUGCUUCACCUGGACCCGGCAGUCCGCCGGAUCCCGCCAGCCCGAGGGAGAGGAAGGGCUCCAGUGCCACUGUCAAGGUCGUCGCCGCCACCAAGGUGCCGGCGAGGAAGGCGUCGUUCUCGUGGGGGAGGACGAUGCGGCGGCCGUCGUGCUACUGGCCGUCCGUCAUCGUGCUGACGCUGGUGAGCCUGGUCGUGUUCGGGCGGGUGUUCGCCAUCUGCCUCGCGUCCAUAUGGUGGUAUGUGCUUCCAACCUUAGGCAGCGGCGAGGAUGCGCGCCCGGGCCCGGCCGGCAUGAGGAUGUCCAUGGAGAAAAAGAAGGUCGUCUCGCCGCCGCUGCCGCUGCCACACGCCAAGAAAGGCAGCAUCAGCGGCGUGUACGAGGUGGUCAGGUCGCCAAAAGGGAAGCGAGGCUGA